CCCAAGAAAGUAAGAGAAAAGGAAAAAGCAGCAAGGAGGAGGAAGGGGAGCAGCCCCAGGGGUUUUCUGCUUUCUGGGCAGCACCGGAGCUGGAUGCCAAGGUCAGGUCCCCUCCUUGGCCAAAGUGUCACAGACUCCUCGGGGGGGGCUCGGGCUGUGCUGACAUCACCCUUGGCACCCAUGGGGGCCACCCCGGACCUGCUGCUGGACUCCAGUGGGUGCUGGGGGCUGGGUGAGGGGCUCCUGCCGUGCCAAACCUCGGCCCCUCCACUCGUGGCUCCCCCAGGACAUGGGGACAAGCGGUGACACAGAGACCCCAAACUAAAGAGGGCGAGAGGAACUCUGCUGAUCUCAAACCUCUGGACUUGAACCCUGCACUUGGCACCCCCACAGCCUUUGGGGGAAGGAUCCCAGGGCACAAUUCAUUCCCCCCCUCCUUGGUGCCUGGCCCAGCACAGCCCCCCCAGGAGAACCCAGGACUGAAACCCCCAAGAGCCCCAGUGGGUGCACGUGGUGCUCAUCCCCUCUGACUUUGCACCUCGGGGGCUCUGGGGAGGACUCGGAUGAAGCAAUUGGAGCCUCCCCUUGGCGUUUCUGGGGGUUUGGGGGUUUUCAGUGGGGUUUUGUGCAGAGGCCUGAGGGCAUUCGGGGGUGUGGAUGCCCGGGGUGGUCCGUGGCCAUUUUGGGGUUUCUGCACAGCACAGCCCCCACAGUGCCUAUGGGUGAGCCAGCACCAGCCUGGCAGGGCCGUGGCACCCGGCCUGAGCCGAGGGAGAUGCCAAUGACCAUCCUGAGGACAAGAGUGUCCCCUCUCUGUCACCUUGCUCUGCCCCAGAAAGGGCCAGUGCCCCGUGUCCGUGUGUCCUGCUGCCCCACUGGGCUCGUGGCAGCCCUGUGGCACCAGGGAAGGACCUGGGGUGCCAGAGGUGCUGGGUGGAGCCCAGAAGGGUGCAGGGAGCUGUGCUGGCCGUGUCCUGCAUGUCCCCGUCGCAGAGGGGGCUGGAGCUGCUGGGAAAUGGGGGGUGGGACAGGACAGCCCUGCCAGCAGCAGCCCUGGCACUGGGGAUUCUCCUGGGCUGGGUCACAGCCGCCCUCUCCUGCUCUGCCCUUCAGGCCUGGCAGGAAAAUCCAGGUGAGGCGUUCAGGUUUCACCAGCUGGGGCUGGGGGUGGGGAGGGCUCAGCACAACACCAGGUCAGUGCCAGGGGCUGCACAGUCCCUGUCACAGCACCUGGGAGCCACAUCCCAGGCCAGGGGCUGCCAGGGGAGCGUUGUGCAGGUUUUGGGGUCCCUGCCGCUCCCCCUUGCACUGGGAGGGUUGGGCUGCACUGGUGGCCUUGCUGCUGAGCCACAGUCACUCUCUGACCCCUCACAGUGUCCCCAGAGCAGCUGGCACUGCAGGUGGGUGACUCCUCUGACGCACCUGGGCAGCACAGCACCCAGGGCUGCCGUCCCCUCCUGGGGAGCCCCCAGACCCCACUCACGGGCACAGAGGGGAUUCUGUGCCUGGCUGGACAAACCCUGCUCCUCGUGUGCAGCACAACUGCAGCCCCAGCCAUCCCUGCUUGUGCAAGAGGGACCUUCCUCCCUCGGGGCUGGGACACGGAGCGGCCGGAGACACGGGGCAGAGCAGCUCGGGGGAGUUAAGCAGCACAGGGGAGUUCCCAGAGCAAGGAAUGCUCCUUGUGCAAGGGAUGGCACCCGUGCAAGGGACAUUCCGUGUGCCAGGCAGGCUCCUGGUGUCGGGGCCGAUCCCUGGCUGAGGGCUGUGAGCUCAGACACAUCUCCCAUCCUGGGAAUGGGGGCAUGCAGCCCUGGAUCCCAUCCGCGAGGGAUCUGUGUGCGCUUUGGGACAGCCCAGGCGCUGCUCACCUGCCCUGACCCAGCUCAUCCCUGGCUGCCAGGAGGAGCCCGAGGCUGCAGCCACACCCGAGGCAGGUUUGGGGCUGGUGCUGUGCUGGGAGGUGACACUGCCGGUGCGGUGAGGAAGCUGCAGGGAGAUCCUGUCCACGGCACCCAGCGUGUCCCGGUGCCCACCUGGCCAGGGCGGGGGCGGGCAGAGCAUCCAGCCGGGAUCCUCUGGGUAAUGCUCCGCCCUGGGUGAACUUCGGGGAAGGGGCUGAACCCCUCGGCUGUGCCUGGGGGUCUCUGGGGUUACUGGGGAAGUUUCUGGCAGCAGCCAGCGCUGGGGAUGGGGGAUUUUGGGGGUGUGCUUUGUUCUGGCACCCUGGGGUGUCCGGACAGCGAUCCCCAGCGUUCAGGGAGAGCUCCGCGCUGGCUCGGCAGCGUCGGCAAGACAAAGCUGGCAGGCGCUGGCAGCAGGAGGAGGGGAUGGGGCUGCCGGGAACUCGGGCGCUUUUCCAGCAAUGCCCCGCCCACGCGUGAACCACCCACAGGUGAGCCACCCACAGGUGAGCUGCCCACGGGUGAACCGCCCACAGGUGA